AUGCAACUCAGAAUCGUAACCUCUGCUCUCUUCGCCCUCUGCGUAAAUGCGGCUACUACCGCCAGCCACGCAUACACUGGACCUGCGACAUCCUAUACCCCUUCCGGCAUUAUUGGUACAUGCGGAGUGGCCAUUCAAAAUUCCGACUUUUCCGUGGCCCUCGACAAACCUCAGUUUGGGACUGGCGGAUUGUGCGGACGCAAAGUCAAAGUGUCCUAUGGAAAAAAGAGCGCUAUCGUCACUGUUGCCGACAAAUGCCCUACCUGCGUUGGCGGCAUAGGUCUCACCCCAGCCGCAUUCAAGUAUUUUGCGCCGCUCGAAAAGGGAACGUUCGAAGCCACUUGGGAAUUCGUAUGA